AUGGUACGAUAUAAAAACCGUUACCUCGUUGUUCAACUAAGAACUUUGGAGGAUGACAAUUUAGAUUUUAAAAUUUCUGAUAGAGAAUUACAAAUAACAGUAUUAAACAUGAUUAAAUCAUUACAUGGAGAUUUUGGAGCUGGAGCUAUUAAAACAUGUUUUAAAGUUCGCUAUUGUAAUCCAACAACAAGAAUUAUCAUUUUUAAAACCAGACAUGGCCCUCAUCAAUUUCUCUCUUCUGUUAUACCAUUUAUUAAUAAACUUCAAGAGAAACAAAUUCAAUUAUCAACACUUUAUACUGGCGCUUCCAUGUUUCAAUGUUAUAAAUUUAUUCAGAACUAUCAAAAAGAUCUUGUAAGAAAAAUAACUGAUACAAUAAGUGAGAAAACCAAAGAAAAAAUGUUAAAUAUUACUAAUGUAUUAAAUUUCUAA